AUGGGGGUGCUCACGGUACCGGUGAAUGAGGAGAUCAUGCGGCUCCACAGCUGGCGCGAGGUCUUAGAGCAUGCGCUGGAGAGGGGGGAGGUGAUGGAUGAACUCAAUGCAGUAACCUCCCUGCACCGCGCGGCCAAGCUCUACCGCGAGGAGGAUGGCCGAACUCCGGUGGAAGUGAUUCAUCAACAUCCAGGCUUCAUCGGUUUGGUGCAGCUCACGCAGCACUUCGUGGCUCGCUGUCGGCCGCAGCAGCUGGCGAACGCCUUGUGGAGCUGCGCGGUGUUGAUGUUUCAGUCAGUGGAGUUGUUGACCUUGCUGUGCAGGUGGGCGGUGAAGCGCUCCAGUGGCUUCGUGGCGCAGAACAUGUCCAACAGCGUUUGGGCGCUGGGCACCUUGGGCUUCAUCGAUGAAGCGCUGUUUCAGCUGGUCCCAAAGCACGUGGAGGCCAACAUUCGGGAGUAUACUCCACAGGACUUGACGAACACUUGCUGGGCCUUUGCCAAACUCCAGCAGCCAAGUGACCAGCUUUUUCGGAUCAUCAUCGAGGAGUCUUUGGUACAGCUGGGCCGCUUCAAGCCGCAGAACAUGUCGAACCUGAUCUGGGCCUGUGCCACGGUGAUGCACAAGGAUGAGGCUGCGAUGCGAAUCAUUGCCACCCACGCCUGCGAACGAGUCAGCGAGUUUGGCACGCAGGAGCUCUCGAAUCUCACUUGGGGCUUAGCGACCUUGGGCAUCCUUUGCGAGGACUGGAUGGAGGCGAGCGGAGCUGAGCUGAUGAAACGCACUCAGGAAUGUGCGCCGCAGGAUCUGUCGAACACCUUGUGGGCCUAUGGCACGCUGAAGCACAAGCGCAACGAGCACGUGCUCGCCAUCACCAGCGAAGUCAUGCGGCAAAUCCAAUGGUUUUCGCCACAAGGUCUGUCGAAUGUGAUCUGGGGCCUCUCCGCCAUCGAGUGCCGCGACAUGAAGACCUUGUUGACGAUCAGCGAGGAGUUCCUGCGGCGUCCCCUGGAGCUCUUCGCCCCGUCGGACGUCUCCACGUUGCUCUACAGCUUCGCGGUCCUCGCGUGGACCCACGAGGACGCGGUGCGGAAGCUACGGACGGCGGUGCGAGGGAAGAUGGAGCUGUUGGCCUCGCGAGAUGUGGCGAACGUCUCCUGGGCUAUGGCGAAGCUGUCUAUUCUGGAUGACCAGCUUCUGCGCCUGCUGAUGGACAAGGCUGAGCGGCUGUUGGCGGAGUUUUCCAUCGCCGGGCUUUGUAACGUGGCCUGGGCCUUCGUGCGCCUCGGCCGCGCGGUGCCCCGCAGCCUGGCGCAGGGCCUGGCACAGGAGACGUUGGCACGGCGAGAAGAGCUGGCCGAGGCGCCCUUUAGCGCCUUUUUGCUCUUGGAUGCGGUGUGCUGCGAGUGGAGCCACCACGUGGAGCCGUCCAUUGUGGAUCGUUGCGAUGCCAUUGGCAGGAAGCCGUUUCAAGACGUCUUGGGCUUCAUGGUGGACUGGGCGAACAUCCCCGAGAUGGGUUGCAGCCCCGCGGACGCUGAGACCUAUCAAGCGACCGUCACUGGCUUUAAGACCAUCCAGCUGGGCCAGCGGAUGUCCUGCCAGAUGUUGGAGAAGCUCGGCGUCCUCGAAGAGGACCCCGAGCUCUACAUGCCGCUGCGUCGCAUGCGGAAGGAUUGGUUGCUUCGGAAUAUCCAGGCAGCAUACGAGCAAGAUCCGACGGAUGCUGCGAUGAAGCUCAAAACAACUUGUGCAUGGCAACUUCGUUUGCCUGAUGGUUCUUUCCUGCAAGAACCACAGGUGGUGGCCAGUGGAACACCCAUGGAGGAACCCCUCCGCUUGGUCUCCUGUGUGGUGGAACACUCCCGCUCCAACGACGCGGAGUUCCAGGUGCUCAACAAGGCCGCUGACAAGUUGUUGACCCGAGGGCGACCCGCUGCAGCCACUUUGCAUUUAGAUGUCAGCGAAACUCCCUGCUUAUCGUGUUUGGGCGCCCUGCGGCAGUUCCAAAAGGCCUUUCCGGAGGUCUCGCUGCGCGCGUCCUUCAGCAUCCGCAAGGUCUGCGAGAUCUCGGAGGACUGCUCCAGCGACCUCGCGUGGUCGGUGCCGGGACCACCGGCCACGGAUCUACCAGCGCCCGAGAAGGAGGUGUUGGAUAACCGCGGCCGGGGCCGGGCACCUCCCACUUCAGUGCAGGCCACAACUGCACGGCGGAAGCAACUUCGAAGACCACCAGAUCUGGAGGGCCUACCGGCGCGAGGCCACGUCGAGGACCGUGGCGAUGUCAACGGCCAGGCGAAGAAACUGGAUGGGCCAGCUACACUCAAUGGGCAACAUCAUAAGAGUCAGCAAAAUGGCGAGCGACAGGAAGCUCGGCCCAUCUCCAUGUACGAGCAGGUGAAGCGCAAAGAUUGGGCGCAGUCCUUCUACUGA